AUGUCGUCGUCGUCGUCGUCGUCGUCGUCAUCGUCGAAGGCAGCGGCAGCAGCAGCGGCAGCGGCGGAAGCAGAGGCGUCAAAGACGGCAGAGUCCAUGAGCUCGGCAUCGGCAGGCUCCAAGUCUACAUCGUACACGCUGGACGAGGCGACGUCGACGGAUUCGGCGGAGGAUUCGGCGGCGGCAGCGGCGGCUGAGGCCAAGGCCGCGGCGGCGGCGAAGCAGGUGCAGCGGCAGCGCGAACAGGCUGCGGUCCGGGCAGCGCUGACCUCGAUCUACACGUACCCGCCACGGCCGGGAACCAAGUAUCGUGAGCGGCGCAAGUGGAUUGAGGCCAACCGCGAGGUUGUGGUGACCAAUGCCGAGACCGACAAGGAGAAGGAACUGCCGCCUGGUACCACAGGCGGCGUCGCUGGCGCCGCGACCGCGGAUGAGGUGGCGGCAAGCACCUGCUCAGCGUCCGAGUCGGAGGCAUAUGCCGACUCGAACGACGAGAGCAACGGAUAUGGCGAGUAUGAUGGCUAUUAUGACUAUGACAGCUAUGACGGCUACUACGACGACUACGAUUACUCGGACCUGGGCUAUGCGUACAGCGACGACGAUGUGGAGGCUGCAAUGGCGAACACAAUCAUCAGCGCUAUGGCCGAGGCGGACGGCGGCAUCGGCGUCAUGGGCGCCACCGGCGCCACGGGCGACAUCGGCACCAUCGGCGCCACGGGCGACACGGGCGCCAUCGGCAUCGGCAUGGCGGCCGACACUACCACCAUCGCCCUGUGCAUCAUCGCCACAAGCGGCACCGGCGCGACGGACGGAAAGAACCCGAACAAGCUGCCGCGCGACUUGUUCACUCGCCCGCGGUCGGCGUGGUCGGUGAACGACAAAUCGUUCUACCGACGCGUCUACCUGGUUGUGGUCAUGCAGCUUGCAGUGGUAGCAGUCAUGGGUUCGAUAUUCUUCCACUCGCCGGGUGUGCACGAGUGGAUCCAGGAGCGGUGGUGGCUGCUGUACGUGAACCUCGCGCUCUCGAUCGGGGUGCUCCUGAUGUGGUUCUGCUGCUUUGCCUAUACACCUGUCAUCUCGCACCUGCUCUUCUCGCUCUUCACGAUACUAGACGCGGCACUCAUCGGGUUCAUUGCAGCGUUCUACGACUCGUCGCUGGUGCUGCAGGGCGUGCUGGUGACCGGCAUUGUGUUUGUAGUCCUCACGCUGGUCACCUUCAACACACGGUACGACUUUUCGCAGUGGGGCUCGAUGCUCUCGGCCAUGCUCAUCAUCCUCAUUUUCGGCUCGAUUGUGCGCAUGUUCUUCCCAGGCAACUCGCUGCUUGGGUUUGUGCUCACCAUGCUCGGCGUGUUUGUCUUUUGCGGCUACAUCAUGUACGACACAUGGAAGCUGCGGUUCUUCUACACACCGGACGAGUAUCUGUUUGCCGCAAUGGACCUGUAUCUCGACAUCACCCGGCUGUUUGUGUACAUCAUGGAGCUGUGUGGCGAAAUGACGUUCCCGUCGACUACAAACGUCAACAUCUCGCGCCAGUACCGCGGUCUCAACGGCAUCGGAACCGACGGCUGCUGCUGCUGCGGCAAUGCGGCGUGUGACGAGGGCUGCGGACCGGUAGUCAUCGACCGGCUCUCCAUCAUCUGCAACUGCUGCGAGUGUUCGUACUUGGCCUGCUGCACCGAUGUCUGCUCCGACCCGUCCGGCUCGCUCCAGCCGCUCUGCGACUGCCUCGACUGCUUCGUCCAGGUCUUUGCCUACCUCAUCAUGCACUGCUGCGAGCUCGGCUGCCUCGUUGUCGAGGCCUUUGCGUAG